UGAAGGGAACAAUAGGGACAAGGCUCCGUCAGCUGAGCUGUAGUUCGACUUGUGUGCGGGAUUUUGGCUUUUUUUUGGUGUUUAUUUUAAAGCACGAAUUCUAUCUAGAGUUGAGAUCUCUAAAGGAGAGGAACUCCAAUUAUCAAGGACACAAAACAGGAAGGAAAAAGUAUCCCCUGCUUUUCGAAAGUUCGCUUUACGCCACUUCGCUUUUACGAAAGACCUACAUUAGUACCUGUUUUCGCUAACCGAAAGAAAUCCGAAGAGGAUUUUCGCUAACCGAAAGAAAUCCGAAGAGGAUUUUCGCUUUUACGAAAAAAGGCGAAAAGUGAAAAUAGCGUUCAGCGUUUGCUUUGCAGUGAGCUGUUAUAGAGGCAGCGUGCACCCCGAGUGGUGAGAGUGGCACCACCAAGCUCCUUCCCCAGGAACUACACUCAGCAUCUCAGCAUCAAGCCGCCAUAGCUUUGAACUGUGUCUGUGAGCAUCUGUGCUUUAUCUCGAUUUAUUUUGUGCAUCCAUUAGCAAGAUGAAUCCUAAGAUAUCAGAAAAGCCUAAGAGAGCUCGUAAGGGUGUUACGCUUAGUGUAAAACUGGACGUAAUUAAGCGUUUCGAUCGUGGUGAACGAAAUAAAGACAUUGUGCGUGCGUUGAACUUGCCUGCGUCCACCAUUCGUACUAUUUACACGCAGAGAGAAAGAAUCUUGAAAGCUGCCGAUGUUACUAUUGGUUCUGCUAGUAGCAAAGUGGUCUCUUUUAGUCGGCAUCCAGUAAUGGAGAAAAUGGAAAGUUUAUUGCUCGAGUGGAUUGAUGGGUGUACAAAGCGUGGUGCUCCGUUAAGUUAUCUUAUACUUAAGGAGAAAUCAGUCAGUCUUUUUAAUAAACUGAAACAGAAAGCACUGGACGAUGGUGAUGAAAGUGUUGCGAAAGUGGAAUUUAAAGGUAGUCAUGGGUGGUUUGAUCGGUUUUUGAGGCGAGGGCAGCUUCAUAGCUUGAAGGUUACUGGAGAGAGUGCUUCAGCUGAUACCGAAGCUGCCGAAAAGUUCCCAGAAGAACUGAAGGAAAUAAUUACAGAAGGUGGUUAUUCGUAUAAGCAAGUGUUUACCUGUGACGAAACUGCAAUUUGUUGGAAAAAAUUGCCAAGCAAGACAUUUAUUUCAAUAGAAGAAAAGCAGGCUAAGGGACACAGGGCAUCGAAGGACAGGUUUACCCUAAUGCCUAUUAUUAAUGCCACUGGUGAUGCUGUCCUUAGGCCUCUACUAGUGUACCAUUCAGAAAAUCCGAGGGCACUUAAAGGCGUUGAUAAAAAUAUACUUCCUGUUGUGUUUCGUUCACAUCCAAGCGGUCGAAAUACCCAAGUGAUUUUUUCUGAGUACAUGAGUGGAUACGUUAGUCCUUUUGUUGAAAAAUACUGUAGAGAAAAUAACCUCGAUAAUAGGUGUCUUGUGAUUGUCGAUAAUUGUGUUGCUCAUCCGCCUGGCAUUACCGAGUAUGGCGGUAACGUUCGUGUUGUGUUCUUACCGCCGAAUACGACAUCGUUGCUGCAACCGUGUGACCAAGGCCUAAUAGCCACAAUUAAGGCUUACUACUUGCAAAAUGUGAUGCAUUUUAUUGUAAGUACCAUUGACAGAAAGGGCAACUCUGAAGCAUCUUUGCGGGAGAUCUGGAAAGACUACAAUAUAAAAUUGGCAAUUGCCAACCUUGGAGAUGCUCUCGAUAGGCUAACAGUCUCGAUGAGAAAUAGCGUUUGGAGGAAACUGUGUCCUGAAGCAGUGAACGAUUUUAAAGGCUUCGAACCAGUAACAAUAAAUACGGCAAUAGUGACUUUGGCUAAGGAGGCUGGGUUUGUGGAAGUUGACGAAGAUGAUGUUGAAGAGGUUUUAGCAUCCUAUGACCAAGAACUGACAGAUGAAGAGCUGAUGCAAUUGCAAGAGGAAAGGAUACGAAUCGAAACCAAACGUAAUAGCGAACGACCCAAAAGUGAAGUCAUCCAGGAACUGAACGUGAAGCGCUUGCAUGAGAUUUUCGCUACGAUUGACAGUGCUGCAAUGAUUGCAGAAAAGUAUGACUUUAAUUUUGAAAGGACACGUAGAUUUAGGGCAGGUUUGCAGGAUGUUUUGAGUGCUUACAAAGAAUUGUAUGAUAAAAAAAUGCAUAAGGCUAAGCAGUCAAGCGUACUGUCGUAUUUCAAGCCUUCCACAUCAGCCACAGCAGACAACGAACCUCGACCUUCGACAUCAAGGCGGGCAGACAUAGAAGAAGGAAACAUGGCACAAGUUGGAACCGUACCAGUUAUACAUGAAGAACCUUCUAGUGCCGAAAAUCUUCUGGCAGUAAAAUUCCUUAUGUCAGCACUGGAAUCGAUGUGCCAGGAAAUUGCAAAGUCAAAAGCUGAAGUGGCAUGUAUUGCUGUAUAUGAGAAAGAUAUAUUUGUGGUGGGAACGGAACGAGGAAGAUCUUUCAUUGGAAACCGAAAGGAUUUUCAAACUGACUUUGUGAAAUACUGUGUGGCUGAAGAGCAAAAGGUAUCUCAAAGGCUAGGAGGUAAAACUGUACGUUGUGUGACUCCAGCUGCUAUGGAUAACCAAGCUGACAUUGAAAAAUUCAGAAAAUCAGUUGAAGAUUUGUUCUGCUUACUUUAUGGAAAAGCGCUUGGGAAACCUGCUCCAAUUCCUGUGCCUUAUGAGAAGAUCUUUAAGGACCCUGCUGCUUUAGCAAUACAUGGAUUGCCUGAUGGUGUAUGUUUUAAACAUCCAUCAAAAUAUGACCCUAUAACAUUGAAAAAAAUUUUGGAGCAAAAGUCAAAAAUUAUAUUUACAAUCAAAAGGCCUUUUCUGGACACUGCCAUUCAUCAUUUGGAAACAAAGCGACCAACUGGGAAGGAGAACGCACAGAUGCCACCUGGGGGCUUUGUUCCAGUUAAGGUGAAAACUGAGCCAUGUGAUGAUAACCAACCGAGUACUUCAAUUGAAUCAGUUCCAAUCAAAGCUGAAGCAGAAGAUCCAGAUUAUUAUCGAUACAGUGUUCAAGGGCCAGGUGUGACGACUUCAGAUGUCAUUGAUACUGCAAGACCUUCCCAUUCAAAGUCUUUUAAAGGAGGAGAGGUGCCAAAUGAAGCCAAUGCAUCAAGUGAAGAGACUGAAGAGGAGUUUACGGCAGAUGAUUCGACUCAGCAAGAGCAUUCUGAAACUAGUGAGGACCCAGAAGUAGAAGUUACUAUUGAAGAUGAUGAAUAUUUCCCACCAAAUAAGCGACCAAAGAGUACUGUACAGGCAACAGAUGCUGGGGCUACGGUGAAGCGGAAAAGUAGGGAAUUCAAUUUUGAGCAGUGGAAUGCUAGAAUUACUGAUUUAAGAAGGCAAGUGGAAGAACUCUUCGAAAAGAAAUAUGCUGAAGCAACUCUAGCUACUGGACCAGUUGUGAUCCCAUAUCCACUCUUCCAGUCCAAUUCCGAAGAUCUUUGUGUUGAUGGCUUACCUGAAGGGAUUCCAUUUAGGAGGCCGUCCACCUAUGGAAUUCCAAGAUUAGAAAGAAUUCUUCUAGCAAAAGACAAGAUAAAAUUUGUUAUAAAAAGACCAGAAUUGUUAACUAAUGAGCGUGAAGAAACAACUCCAGACAAAGUGGUUCCAGGAGCUAAAGAAGAGUGGAAUACCAGGAUCACUAAAUUAAGGAGGAUGGUUGAAGAACUCUUUAGCAAGAAAUAUGGUGAAGCCAUGGGACAGACACAAGCAAUGAUUGUUCCCUAUCGGAAAUUUGAAUCUCAUCCUAAAGACCUUUAUGUGGAAGGUUUACCUGACAACAUUCCAUUCAGAAGUCCUUCUUGGUAUGGAAUUCCAAGGCUAGAGAAGAUCCUGCAAGCAAGUAAUCAUAUUAAGUUUGUUAUUAAAAGAGCAGACCUACUGGUGAAUGAGUCAAAUGAUGCCAAUAUACAGAGAUUAAGCUCAACAGGAAAAGAAGAUUGGAAUGUUAGGAUUACCAAACUCAGAAAACAGGUUGAGGAGAUUUUUAAUACAAAAUUUGGUGAAGCUUUGAAUCUUCCACAGCCAGUAAAGGUGCCAUAUCCAUUAUUUGAAUCCAAUCCACAGCACCUCUAUGUUGAAGGAUUACCAGAUGGAAUUCCUUUCAGAAGUCCUACAUGGUUUGGAAUACCUAGACUGGAAAGAAUUAUUCGAGGCAGUGCAAAGAUUAAAUUUAUUGUGAAAAAGCCAGAACUAGUCGAGCCUUACCUUCCUGAUGAGUUAAAAAAAGGAAAAAGCACUGAUGGGACCCCACCUACCAACAGAGGGAGGAGACGUGUAUCCUGUCCAUCUGAGUCCAAUUUGACCCGACCUGUGAAAGACUCCAGUUCUGUACCAGAGAAGACAGCACAAGUUCUGACUCCAAGCAGUCCAGAGAUAGAAGUUACGUUAGAAGCUUCUGAUGAAACACCACCAGCCAAGACAGUUGGAAAUAACACUCAAGCAAAUGGUUCAAAUGUUGCCUCAAACACCAUAUUCAAACCAAGAGGCAGGGAGUUUUCAUUUGAACAGUGGAAUGCCAAAAUUACCGAGUUGAAACAACAAGUAGAGGCGCUUUUCAAUGAAAAAUGUGGUGAAGCAUUGGGGGUUUCAGAGCCAGUGAGAGUGCCUUAUGCACUGUUUGAAUCACAUCCUGAGGAUUUCUAUAUUGAAGGUUUGCCAGAUGGUGUGCCUUUUAGAAGGCCAUCAACCUUUGGAAUUCCUAGAUUGGAAAAGAUACUCCGAGCAAAGGCAAAGAUCAAAUUUAUAAUUAAAAAACCCGAUAUGUUUCAGACUGCAUUACAGGAAGCCUCCAAACGGCCCCUGACAAGGUCGCAAACAUCGUCUGAGGAGAAAAUACCUGAAGUGAAAAAGGCAGUGCCUGCUACUUUGGCUCCAACUGUUGCAGGUUUAGCAAAUCGAGCUGGUGGGCUACCGACUGCAGCAGGUGUUGAAGACCUUAACAUCAUUCAAGUUACAGUCCCUGAAGGUGAAAAUGAAAAAGUGUCCAAGGUGGAAAAGGCUAGACAACUGAGAGAACAAGUAAAUGACCUGUUCAGCAAGAAAUUUGGUGAAGCAAUUGGAAUGAAUUUUCCAGUAAAGGUCCCUUACAGAAAAAUAACCACAAACCCUGGUUGCGUAAUAGUUGAUGGUAUGCCUCCAGGAGUUCCAUUUAAAGCACCCAGUUAUCUUGAAAUAAGUGGCAUGAAAAAGAUCUUGGAGUCUGCAAACUUCAUCAAAUUUACAGUUAUAAGGCCUUUUCCAGGACUCCUGAUUAAUAAUCAGCUAGCUGAGCAAACUGUAGUAGAAACUCCAGCAGUGUCACCUGGAGCAGCAGCACCUGCAUCCAUUUUACCAACUGCCUCACUGGUACCCCCUCCAACACUUGUGCUACCAACUGCACCACCUACAGCACAAGAUACAUCUCAAAUACAAGAACAGCCUAAAAUAAAAGAAGAGCCAAACUCAACAUGGUAGUAGGAACUCAUAAGAGUGCAAACACGAUGUCAAUCUGCGUGAGAAAUCUCAGCCUCCAGAAUCAUCCAAUGUGAAGGUGUGAGCUUCAGAAAGCUUAGGGGCAUCAUUGUAUUAUAAUUGUACAACAUAGGAAAAAUGUUUGCUUAUAUCCAGACCUUUUUGUACCAUUGGAAAGAUUUUUUUUCUUUUUUAUCAGCGCAAGAUAAUUGCUUCUGUGAAAUUCACUAAAUCUUGUCUGCAUUGAUUGAGGGAGUGUUCUGUACAUCUGACUUGUCAACCAGAAUACUUUAUUAUUAAAGUGAAGAAAAAAUA